CGCAUCGACACCAACGAGUGAGAAAUUCGUUGCAAACAACUCCAUCAUCAUGAAAAUCGAGAACCGGACGUUCAUAGUCUCAGGUGGCUCUUCAGGGCUUGGACUCGCCACGGUGCAGACGCUGCUCGACGCGGGCGCGCGUGUGGCCAUACUAGAUCUGAGGCCCGCGGAGGGCCUGUCGGGCGACGCGCGCGUCAAGUUCUUCGAGACCGACAUCACGAGCGCGGAGGACAUCGCGCGGGCGGUCGAGGGAACGGUCGCGUGGGCACAGACGAUGGGUGCGCGCCUCGGCGGGGUCGUCAACUGUGCGGGCGUGGGCACUGCUGCGAAGGUCCUGGACAUCCACGGCGAGCCUCACUCGCUUGAUCUGUGGAACUUCGCGAUCGGCGUGAACCUGACGGGGACAUUCAACUUGACACGCCUAACGUGCAAGCACCUCGCUCAGACGGAGCCCGAGGGCCCCGACGGCGAGCGGGGCGUGAUCAUCAUGGUCGCCAGCUCUGCCGCCUUCGAAGGCCAGCCCGGCCAAGCGGCGUACUCCGCAUCAAAGGGCGCGCUCGUGAGCAUGACGCUCCCGCUCGCGCGCGACCUCGCGCGGCACGGGAUCCGCGUCGUGACGCUCGCGCCGGGCGCGUUCGCGUCCGCGAUGACGGACAAGAUGCCGCUGAAGACGCGCGCGAGCCUCGAGCGCGAGCUCACGUUCCCCCGGCGGUUCGGGAGCGCGGAGGAGUUCGCGGGGACGGUGAAGUGGGUCGUGGAGUGCCCGUACGUGAACGGGGAGACGAUACGCCUGAGCGGGGCGAGCAGGCUGCCGGGGAGGUUUUGAGCGCAGGAGUCCUUGUUUUUCUCCUCAUUGCUCUGUCGAGUCGGUUGUGCGCCGUCGGAGAGCACAUGUUUGUACGACGACGCAGCGCUGCAGAUGCCAAAAGACAGUGAACAUUGCGACCUAACCCCAAACCAGGGGCAAAAGUU